AUGCCGAGCAUUUCCUGUGCGGUAGUUGGCGCUGCCGGAUCGAGUCUGGUGGCCGUUGACGCGCCACCUACGUCGACCGUGAGAGAAGUGUCCGUCCUACUCAAGGCUCGCAGCCCGCUAGAAUUUCAAGACGUGCACCCGUCAAAGGUCAGAAUGUUCAGAACAGGUCCACGGGGCACAUACAUCUCCAGCGCGUCUUUCGAGCUCGGUCUUCUAUCAGAUUUCCUUGAGGCAGGAGAGUUCAAGUGGGCGAGUGAGUACAUUUUGUCGGACUGGGACGAGCUGCAUCACGAGGAGAACACCGGGAUCGCGCUCCCGCCUGCUACUGGAGGAAUCCAAGCCACGUCAGUCCAACUUGUGGCGCUGGUUCCGGUCAGGAAAGUUUCCUGCGCUUGUGGUCACGACGUAUUCGGGGUCGUUAUCAACGAGAGUGCAGCUGUCGCCGAGCUCAAGGAUGAAAUUCACAAUAGGAUGGCUGGAAUGGUCAAGCUUGUCAAGGCGAGCACUAGGCAUUCACAGUUAAAGCGUGGCGAAGUGACGGGGCGACAUACUCUUCAGGUCGCGAAUUUCCUUCGCGCUCUAGCUGCAAGUGACGAGAUUGACCCAUCGCGCACGAUUCGGGCCGUGUUUGGAGACCGAGGGAGCCGAGAGUGCGUUGACGUGCUCAUUGUUCCGUACAAUGUCGUUAUCUAA